CUUUACUUCAGGUACUUGGCUCUUCUUGCAAAAUACCCUGUUGCCGUAAAGGCUAUAACAUCUGCAAUUUUGACACUAAUUGGAGAUUUGAUUUGCCAGCUUGUGAUAGACAAAGUGCAGACACCAGACUUGAAGAGGACAUUCCUAUUUACUCUGCUCGGUUUUGUGCUAGUUGGUCCAACAUUGCAUUCAUGGUACUUGUAUCUGAGUAAAUUGGUUACUCUUCCUGGAACAUCUGGAGCACUUUUGCGGCUUGUACUUGAUCAGUUCUUAUUUUCUCCCAUAUUCAUUGGAGUUUUCUUAUCUACAUUGGUGACACUAGAGGGAAAGCCAUCACAAGUUGUACCUAAGCUUAAACAGGAGUGGUUUUCUGCAGUUCUAGCAAACUGGCAGUUAUGGAUUCCUUUUCAAUUUCUCAACUUUAGAUUUGUUCCUCAACAAUUUCAGGUCCUUGCUGCUAAUUUUGUUGCUUUGGUAUGGAAUGUUAUCCUCUCAUUUAAAGCACACAAAGAAGUUCUUCCAAAAUAAAAUUUUUCGGGCUAGGAAUUCGCGCGGAGCUUCGGGAGCUGUAUUCAAGUUUUUUAUUUAUUUAAAAUGUUAUGUUAAUUUAGGUGAACAUGAAAACUAGCUGUUGUAUAAACUCGCAUGUAGAAUGUUACAUGCACUUUUGUGGAUACAAUCUUCCUCCCUGUGCUCCCGAAGAAGGAAGAUCCUACAUCAUUCAGACAUCAACAAAUUCAAAAGGAAAAUGAUUUUUGAAAGUGAAGUUACAUAUCUGAUUUUUUGAGUGGUGAGUUUAUGAAUCUGAAUUUACAUUUUUAAUUUCAUGAUUACAACUAUAGUUCAUUUAAAGUGAGUAA